UGGAGAGGCGGGGCCGGGAAAGAUGCAGGCCGCUCCCCAGGACUACCGCAAUGUGCCCAUCGACAUCCAGACCAGCAAGCUCCUGGACUGGCUGCUGGACCGGCGGCACUGCGGGCGGCGCUGGCCCGCGCAGGUGGCGCAGGUGCGGGAGCGGAUCCGGGCGGCGCUGCAGGACAUGCCCGAGCACCUCGAGAUCCGCGAGCUGCUCCAGGGCUCCUACCUGCACUAUUUCCACUGCCUGCGCAUCGUGGAGAUCCUCAAGGGCACCGAGGCCUCCACCAAGAACCUCUUCGGGCGCUACUCGUCCCAGAGGAUGAAGGACUGGCAGGAGAUCGUGUCCCUCUAUGAGAAGGACAACGCCUACCUGGAACCCCUGAACAGAGCCCGAGUCAGCCCUGAAAUAACCCCUAAUGGGCCCCAGAAUGACCCCAAACAGACCCUAGAUCGGGUGUCCCCAGGUGUCCCGCGGUGUCCCCAAGUGUCCCCAAGUGUCCCUGCCGUGUCCCCAAGUGUCCUGCCGUGUCCCCAGGGCGAGGACGUGCGCCGGGAGCUGCUGGCUCAGGUGCAGGCGCUGCCGUCGCUGCUGUCCCGCGUCGGGGACGGCGCCAGCGCCCUCGGGGACGCCAUCGAGCUGUACCAGGCCUGCGUGGCCUUCGUGUGCGACAGCCCCGGUGCGGAGGCGGGGGCGCUGCCGCUGCUGCGGCACGUGCUGUCGCACGGGAACUCCUCGGUGUUCCGCUGGCGCACGGGGCAGGAGCCGCUGCGGCUGGAGCGGCCCGAGCCACCCCCGGAGGCACCGGAGCCGCCCCCGCAGGACACGAUCGAUUGGGGGGAUUUCCCCACGGAGCCGCCCCAGGGCGGGGACAUCGACUGGGGCAUCACGGUGGAGCCCAGCCCCCAGGGGGACGAUGGCAUCGACUGGGGUGACGGAGAGAAGGGACAGGAGGGGACGAUCACGGUGGUAGAGGCUGGAACUGAGGCCCCCGAGGGCGUUGCCCGUGGCUCGGACGCGCUGACCCUGCUGGAGAACCCCGAGACUCGGAACCAGUUCAUCGACGAGCUGAUGGAGCUGGAGCUGUUCCUGGCGCAGCGGCUGCUGGAGCUGGAGGACGAGGCCCUGGACGUGGUGGCCCUGAGCCAGUUCCAGCUGGCCCCGGCCGCGCUGCAGGGCCAGAGCCCCGAGCGCCUGCGGGCCCAGCUGGCCACGGCGCGGGAGCUGCUGGGCCAGCUCUGCUCGCGCAGCGUGCAGCACCUCUGCAUGAUCCUCGCCUCGCCCAGGUACGUGGAGCGGGUGACAGCCCUGCUGCGGCAGCAGUCCCUGCAGGCCGAGCUGCUGCUGGCCAAGCGGGAGGCGCUGGGGCAGCGGCGCCGCCAGGCCCUGGCCGAGCAGGCGGCGCUGGAGCCGCAGCUGCAGCAGCUGCAGGAGAGAACCAGGGAGCUGCAGAGGCUGAUCGAGGCCGACAUCUCCAAACGCUACGGGGGGCGCCCGGUGAACCUGAUGGGCGUCAACCUGUGACACCAGAGUGUGACAGCUGAGGGACACCAACUGGGACACCAGAGUGUGACAGCUGAGGGACACCAACUGGGACACCUGAGGGACACCAACCCCUGAGCCCAGAGGGACAUCCAGCUGGGACACCUGUGACCCCUGAGGGACAUCAAUGUAUGACCCCUGAUCAGCCUGUGACACCCAAGGGACAUCAACCUGUGAGCCCUGGGGGGCACCAGCCCGAGACCCCCGAGGGACACGGGGGGUCCCCAGGGUGUCCCCAGGGUGUCCUGCCCCUCCCAGCCCCCCUGCCCAGCCGGGGGUGCUGCGGGGUUUGGGGGUGUCGGUGAAUAAACCCAGAUUGGUGUC